AUGUCAUUACCAAUACCAUUCCGAAUCAUUAUCGUGGGUGGUGGGAUCGCAGGAUUGGCAGCUGCCAUAGCCUUACGGAAAUACGAUCGCCAGAUCACGAUCCUGGAACAAUCUCGACUCAGCACAGAGAUUGGCGCUACAAUCUCGCUCCAACCAAACGCCACGAGGAUCUUACAGCAGUCAUGGGGGCUAGAAGCCUUACUCGAGGACUCUAAUGGUACAAUCGACCACGGGUUCAGGAUCUAUAGCGUCGAUGGCAAGAUGGUGAACGAGAUACUGCUACGAAGCAAGACACAGUAUGGAGCAGACCGCAUUUUGUGGCACCGUGAGGAUCUUCAUGCCUAUCUCAGGGAGAAGGCCACAAGUACCGAACGGGAUGGCCAGCCGGCGGUUUUACGUACCUCGGUGCGAGUGUCCAGCUGUGACUGCGAAGAAGGCAAAGUGAUACUUGAGAAUGGUGAAACUCUGGAAGCAGAUCUUGUCAUCGGCGCGGAUGGCAUUCAUAGUGCCCUGCGUACUUCUGUUCUCGGUAAAGAGAUUCAUCCCAAACCCACGGGGUCCUCAGCCUACCGCCUUAUGCUACCAACUGCAGUCCUCAACGAACGUGCGCCGCAAUUCUCUGCGAACAUCAAACCAGAACAGCCCUACACAUCCAUGAUCAUGGCACACUCCUGCCGGCUUAUCAUGGGUCCCGCUCGCGACGCAAAGCUCUACAGCAUUGUCGGCCUAGCACCGGACGAGCAAAUGAAUGAAGAUCCUGAUAAAGCGCAGUCAUGGGUGACGAAAGGAGAUUCAGCAAAGAUGUUGGAAACAUUCAAGGACUUUCCCAGCUGGACCAGGGACAUGCUUCGUAAUGCUGACAGUAUAGGCCUUUGGCAGCUGCGCGACUUGGAUCCGCUAGAUACAUGGCAUUCUGGGCGUACGAUUCUCAUCGGUGAUGCAGCGCAUGCUAUGCUGCCCACCCAAGGUCAAGGCGCAAGCCAGACUAUUGAGGACGCUGAAGCUUUAGGGGCGCUCUUCGAUAGAAUCGCUGAAAGGCCUACCAAAGACGAAGUAUCUUCCAUCCUCGAAAACGUGUUCAAGAGUCGAUAUGAACGUGCGAGCUUGAUACAGCGAUUCAGUCGCGAGGCUGCAAAGCCUGCGACGGAAAAGGGUAGCAAUGUCAUCAAAAUGUGA